AUGUCACCACCUAAUUUUAUUAGCAGCAACAAGGAAGAUAUUAAGUCUUCUGAAGGCAAAGAAAACAUGACAUUUAAGAAAAGUCACUUUUUCCCCAAAAACACCUCCUCCACAGCGCGCCUCCUCAGCAGCCUCCGACUCCGGCAGCUCCCUCGCCCGAGUUUCCCCGCCCCCUCCCCACUCCCUCGCGUUCUUUUUUUGUCCCCUCGCUGCACAGGAUCACCGGCGUGCCCCCCCACCCCCCCCACCAAGUCAGACGCAGCCGUGGACACCAGCUCCGAGAUCACCACCAAGGACUUGAAGGAGAAGAAGGAGAUUGUGGAGGAGACGGAGAAUGGAAGAGAUGCUCCUGCCAACAGGAGUGCAGCUAAUGAGGAAAAUGGGGAACAAGAGGCUGAUAAUAAGGUAGAUGAUGAAGAAGAAGGUGGGGAGGAAAAGGAGGAGGAGGAAGAAGGUGAUGGUGAGGAGGAGGAUGGAGAAGAAGAUGAGCAGGCCGACACAGCUACAGGCAAACGGACAGCUGAAGAUUAUGAGGAUGAUGAUGUUGAUACCAAGAAGCAGAAGACUGAUGAGGAUGACUAGACAGCAAAAAAGGGAAAGUUAACUCAAAAAAGGCCGCCGUAACCUAUACACC